AUGCGCUGGGCUUGUAGUAUCUGUCUCCAGAUGCUUCCACAUACAGCCUUCGACAACCACUACAUUCUACGACUGCAGUACCGCAAGCCAUUGCCGGGAUCCCCGGCGGCGAGUUCUUACACGAGCUGGGAGCCAACAAGAGAUGGGAAACUUCGCAAACCGUACCAUCCACACAAACAACAAUUCAACUCCAAGGAUGAGGAUGAGGAUCAGAAAAUACGGCAUCGAUAUAAUCUCGCAUCUAGGUGCAACACAUUAAGAUCGAACCAUCCUGUGCGCGAUAGGGGCGCAAGAUUGGCCAGCUUUGAAGACAGCGGGAUGAUCACAUUCCAAGGCCUUAGUCUGGACGAAUACUGCAGUAUUACACAAGAGGAAGAGCAGGUUCUUCUGGACCAUGAAGCACGCCUCAUUGAGAGGGAGCGUUGCGGCUUCAAGCGACACUUGCGCAAGUGCAACGAAUGUCGUUUCCGGCGUGAUGAGCUCUCAUCUAUCGUGCAGCGAGGCACAGACAAGGUACCUAUAUUGCGGAGCCGUCGUCUGCCAUUUGCCAGUGCCUUGGACCGAUAUUUCCCAGAUGUUUCUGCUAUAAUGAAAAGUGUGAGCCCAACCGCGAAUGCUCCAGUUCAAUGUGUGUAUCGCAACAACGUUUUUGAUUCUCUCUGGACUAUGUAUAUGGUGCGAUGCCCUGGGUGUUCGCGCUGGCAGGAAUCGCGUGCGUUUCGUCUUGGUGCCGCUUUCAAUCACUGGACACCUACCACCGACUCUUCCUCGGAGUUCCAAAACUGGGACGAAACUAAAAUCACCGGAAGUUUCAUUGAUGGUUUGUCCUGUAACCAUUUUUUUGCUAAAGGUCAGGGGCGCGAAAAGCUUCGUGAAGUACUUGUGCAAUGGUUGGACCGCUGCUUGGAUAACGAGCGACAGCGGCUAGGAUAUCUGCUUUUGAGUGGCUGGGAGACGCUGUUGGGGCGACACCGGCGGCUUGAGCAGGUAAGCGGCAUAUUUGAGGCUAACAUUUUCUAUUUGACAUUGAGCUUGUUGUUGCGAAAGUCCGGAAAUAUCAAGACUAUCUCAGGAUUCACCUCGGCGAUAUCUUGA